AUGGCUUCCAUCGCCAGUCAGACGUACACUCCCACCGAGGAGGCCGAAAUCCAGCAAUGGCUAACCACGUCAGAUCGCCUCAGGUCCGGCCAUGACAAGGCCACCAUCCUCGAGACUCUCAACAGCCAUCUCGCCAGCCGCACAACCCUGCUCGGCAGCAAGCCCAGCAAGGCUGACGUAGCAAUCUACGAGACGCUCUCUCCCAUCGUCGCCAAGUGGUCUCCUGAUGAGCGAACCGGCGAAAAGGGCCACCCUCACAUCGUCCGCCACCUCGACUUUGUCCAGAACUCUGCCCUAUUCGGUCUUGAGCUCAAGGAUGACCAGAAGAUCCAAGUUGACCAGGACGACGUUCGCUACGUCAAGCCCCCCGUCGAUGCCAAAGCCGAGAAGGAGCGCUUGAAGAAGGAGAAGGCCGCCGCCGCCGCCGCCGCCGUCGCCGCCGCCGCCGUAGAUGGGAACAAAGAGGCCAGCUUGGUUGAUCGCACCAAGGAAAAGGCCAAGGAGAAAAUUGACGAGGUCAAGGGUGCCGCGGCGGCGGCCGUGGGCGGGGAGAAACCCAAGAAGGAAAAGAAGGAAAAGGCCCCCAAGCAGCCCAAGGCUGCUCCCGCCGCUGCCCCCCUAUCGCCCUGUCUCAUCGAUCUCCGUGUCGGCCACAUCCUCAAGGCCGUACAGCACCCCGACGCCGACUCUCUGUACGUCUCGACCAUUGCAAUGGGCGAUCCGGCCGGCAACGAGGACUACGUUGAAUACGAGGGCCAAGUCUGCCGAACCGUCUGCUCGGGCCUGAACGGUCUCAUCCCUCUGGAAGAGAUGCAGGGUCGUAAGGUCGUAGUCGUGUGUAACUUGAAGCCCGUCAAGAUGCGAGGAAUCAAGUCGUGCGCCAUGGUUCUUGCCGCUUCUCCCAGGGUCAAGGAGGGCGAGGUUGACGAGGACAAGGGCCCCGUGGAACUGGUCGCCCCCCCAGAGGGUUGCAAGGCUGGCGACCGUGUGUUCUUUGAGGGUUGGCAGGGCGAGCCGGAGGGUGUGUUGAAUCCCAAAAAGAAGAUUUGGGAGACGUUCCAGCCUGGCUUUACCACCACUGACGACUUGGAAGUUGCGUUUGACGCUGGUGUCGUUGAGAAGCUUGGCAAGACUGGCGUUGGCAAGCUGGUCACCGAGACUGGUGGCGUUUGCACCGUUCAGACUCUGAAGGACGCUGCUGUGCGGUAG